AGUCCAAACAAUUUUUGAUAACAGUAAAAUGUAAAUAGUCAACAGAUAGUUGUUGAACGUUGAUUUCAUUAACAUUACUUGACAUUUAUUAAUUCGCAUAAUAUACUCGCAUUCCGUUUUACAGUUUAUUAAUCGUUCCUAAUUUAAUUCCUCAUUAGUGUUUCAUUAGAAGAUCAUUUUUCUGCGACUGAAGUUAUGAUCUAUUUUGUGUAACUGUUUUUCACAAAGGAGUAUUCAACAUAUUAAAACUUGAGAAUUUCAUAUUAUUUUGACUUAAAAUUUGUUACUAUUUGAAUUAUAAGCAAUGAGCAAAUAUACUUUCCAAAGGCCUGAAAUGGAGAUGCCUUUACAGAAUUCACAUUAUAUUCCUUCCAGGGAAACUCUUGGGCGUUAUUCCGAGUAUUCAUUACAUUCUAGUUACAAAAUAAGAGCUGGUGAUGCUGCAUCUACUAAUUCUGUGGCAUGUACCACAAGAAUACCAUAUGCUACUUUAAUAGCAGCUUUAUUGUGUUUUACUGGUAUUGGUAUAUUUUGUGGUACAAUGUAUCGUGGUGCAACACUAAGUGCAUUAAUGAUGGACCAAGUAUUUCAUUUAUAUAUUGGAUGGCUUGAAACUAUAAAAACAGUUUUAGUAUUGAUUGCUGCAGGAAUGGGAGCUCUUACAUUAAUGAUUAUAUUUGUCGGAUUUCUUGCUACUGGAGCAACACGUCGCCGUAUGUACAAGGCAUGGCGAACUAGAGUUGGUGGUCGUAUAUCUUGUGCAGUUUUUAUGGGCAUAAUUUACAUACUUCAAUUUUUUUGGAUUUUCGUUCUUGGUUUCCUUGUAAUUGCUACAUUUGUUAUGACUGUAUUUUGGAAGAUGUGUUCUAGCACUCAAGUUCAAGAUUAUCAUCAGUGUAUUGAUUUAACACAGUUCCAUUUCCUAUUUCCACAAUCGACUCGUAUUGAUUAUUUAAAGAUUUGUGAAACUCGAGAUAUAAAAUUUUUCUGCAGAGAUUUUGUUGAAAAAUCAGAAUUUAUGUUUGUUAUGGGUACUGUAGGUGUGAUUCUCAUAUUAAUAAGUUUGGUCCACUAUUUGAUGUGUUUAUCAGCUAACUAUGCUCAUAUCAGAGACCAUGAAAAAUUUGAAGAACUCCAAGAGUUGCAACUACUACAAGAUACUGAUUUUGCUACUUCUAAAGAAAGGUUUUAA